GAUAAUGCCAACGACAUUAGUUCAGUUGAUGUCGUGGAGUUAAGUCGCAUAAAAAUUAUUAAAAGCAAAGAUUUAUAAGAAACUGCAAUUGCAACUAAAAAAAUAACUAAACUUUUUUAAACAAAGAAAACUGAAAAUUGUGUUUUUAAAAUUAGUUAGAAAAUUUAUUAACGCAAUUCUAGUAAAUGUGUUUUACAAGUAAUGUGCAAACUAAUGUUAAUGUUUUGACAAUUGCACAUAAUAUAAAUAUAUUAAAAUAGUUCGAAUAAACCAGUGCAAAUAACACUUACAUUUCUCAAAACACAAUUCUCUUUUAAGAUUCUCUAAGAUUGUUUAUUUUUUAUAACAACUGUAUAUCACAUAAAUAAAAACAAAAAUAAAGAUGUCAAUGAAUAAUCUAACUAUUGAUGGUGAAUUCCGUUAUAUUGUACAAUGGUUUAACGAAUGGAGCGAAUUGCAACGUGAUGAUUUCGUACCAAUACUAGUAAAAUAUAUAACGGGCUCUCACACAAACGAAGAUGAUGAUAAUGAUGAUGGACUUGUAGCUGCAGCGGUAACACCACCGGUUAAUAUGAAUGGUUUACCAAAUGAUCUUGAAUUCAGUGGAAGACCAAUGUCAUUAUUUCAAUGCAGGAUUAAACUUUUCAAUCAAUGGAAUCGUAGAUGGCCCACUGAGUUUAAAGAAAAAUUACAACAAAAAAUUGGAGAAAUUGAUGGCAAAGUAGGUGAGAAAAUUAAAUUGGCUUUGAAUCCAAAUAAUACUCUCACAAAUGGUUACGCAUCGAAUGAAGAAGAUCCACACAGUUUGGAACUGUUGAAAGAAAAUGGUGAAAAUUCAGUUAUUGUUGCUAAUUAUGCAACCGAAAUAGAGGCAAUGGCAUUGAAUGACCCCAUGACAGAAGUUUUAAAUAAUGAAACAUCUGUCGAUGACAUUGAAACGAAUGAAGAUGUCAGCAACAGUAUUGAACAACCGCUAUUCAAUAACAACACGGUUACUAACACAUCAUCAGCCCCACUUCAGGCUGGCAUUAAUAUUGACGACAAUAAUGAUGUUGCUGCUGGUAAUGUUAACAAUGAUGGUGAUGAUGAUGAAGUUUGCAGCAAUAAUACAACACAUAAUCAUGCAAUUAAUGAACGCGAAGAACCUGUUGAACAGGUUGUACAAAUGCAAAAUCUUCAAAUAAAUGAAGAAAAAGCAGAAGCUGAAAAAGACCAUGAAGAUGUAAUAGCAGCAACUGUGGAGCAGAAACAACAGCCACUACCAUCCAUAACAGUUACAGUUAAUCCAGUCGUUGUUACACAAACAAUUACUACAAAUGCAGAAGUUCCUUUAGUCGUUUAAACAUGUUUGAAUUGAGUUAAAUUUAUUUUAUUUUCUUAUUAUAUUUUUCGCUGAACGCAAUUCAGAGCAUCAUGAUCAUCUUAUUAAUUAUUAUGAAAAUUAUUUGAAAUGGCAUAAAAGACAUUCCAAUUAUUCGUACCGUUUGUUUUAAGUUAAUUAUAUACAAUAUACAUUCAAUUAUUGUGAAUCCAACAUAGAUUUAUACGCACAAUCAACAUGCAUUCCAAUAAAAUUCAUGUUUAAAUAUCUAAUUAAUUGUGGCAUAUAAAGUAAAUACUCCUAGCAGAAGACGCAAAAAAGAAAAACUAUAAAUAAAACAUUAAACAAAGUUUUAAA